GUCAUUCCCGCGCUGCACCAAUUCCGGUCUUGUGUCAGGUCAAAAUGUUGUUCGUGAGGAGCCUGCAGCGACUAAAACCUGCUCUGUAUCUCCACACAAACACAGGUUACAGGAGUCUCACCUCACUGGCUCAACAUGAACACGACAAGUUUGUGAAAAUGGAGAAUCCUUACAAAGAGCCUCAGAGCACCUGUGUGCUCUGCAACGUCACUGUGGACUACAAAAACACCCAGCUGCUGUCUCAGUUCAUCUCUCCACACACAGGCAGGAUUUACGGCCGACACAUCACAGGUCUGUGUGGGAGGAAGCAGAAGGAAGUCUCCAAAGCCAUUAAGAAAGCUCACUCCAUGGGUUUCAUGUCGGUGACCCACAAACAUCCAGAGUUCAUGAAGGAUCCGAACAUCUGCGGCGUCAAACAUCUGAGUUAGAGGACCGGUGUGUGUGUGUGUUUGUUUGCGGUAUUAAAGUGUCUGUUGUUGGUGU